AUGGGUAACACUGUCACUGAUGUUGGAAGUGGUAAAUUUGAAUCUUCAUGUACCUACAAAGCAGAGGGUGACAAUGUUGUGAUUCGACUGGGUGAUGAAGAAUUACCACAGGACAGCCACUUGAUCUGGACACAUAAUAAAAGGAGGGUGUAUUCAAAAAAGGGCUCAAAUGUUAAGAACGAAGGGCUCACCAUUAACCACUAUGGGUCCCUGAUACUGGAGAACAUACAGAAGAGCAAAUCUGGGGAGUACAAAGCCGAAGUCUUUGACAAAGAUGGAAAAUUAAUAAAGAAAACCGUAGAGAAGCUCUGUGUUCUAGAGCCGGUGCCUGAACCUUCAGUCACAGUCGAGUGUGUAGAAGAAGGAGUCAAUCUGACUUGUAUUCCAGUGAAUAGCAGUAAGGUUUCUGUGUCCUGGACGAAAAAUGGAGAGAAGUCAAACACGACACGUGCUGUUUUACAUGUCAGCUCGUCUGAGCUCAAAUCUGGAGAUAAGUUCUCAUGCACACUCAGCAACAUGAUCAGCAAAAAGACAGCAAAAGAUGUUGAGCCGGUGUGCUCCAACACAGGUGUACAUGCAAAUGAAGAUGAGAACAGAAAAAAAGAAGAGAACAGCAACAAUGAAAAUAAAGAUGAUGCAAAAGGUAUAAAUUCCCAUUUUUGUGUAUUCACACUUACAACUGAUGAGAACAACUGAGAACAUCUAUUUGUAGGUCUGAUUGAGAGGAAGCAGAGUUUCGACUCGUUUCUCUAAUGCCAGAUCACGCAAAUCAGCCUGAUGAGCCGUACAUGCAGAGUAGCGAAUCUCAAAGGCCAUCCAAAAGCCAGCGUCCUCUUCCGCCCCUGCCCAGCCCUCGAGGUCCACCUGCUGUUGAACCCCAAUAAGAGAAAAACAUGACCUUCUCAAGACUUUGAGGCCAACAAAACCCAUGCUGAAUGAAAUAUUGUUUAUAUGUUUUAGAAUUGAUGAUAAUGCACCAGUCAAAAAUUUGGACACAUAAACUCAUUCUUUAUUAUUACAACUUUCAACAAUUUAUAAUAACUGUAACUUCAUUAUUACAACUUUCAACAAUUUAUAAUAACUGUAACUUCAUCAAAACAAUGAAGAAGCACAAAUGGAAGCCUGAAAAGCUUUUUUGUCAAGAUGCUUUUAAAAAGUGCUUGAUUAGUGUGUGUGUGUUUAAUGUAUUUGUAAUAAUUUUAAGGAAUGCUGAAUAUAAAAGCAAUUAAUGUCUAAUAAAUGUUGGUUUAAUGCAUUUAAUUAAUGACAUUUUCCCAUUUUCAGUGACCUAAUCUAAAGUGAGAACUAAUUACUCCUAAUAACCAUAUUAAAAACUCCUUUACUACUGGUUUAAAAUACUGUACGUUACUUAUAUGGUUAAUAAGUUGUUAACAAAGCUUAAAAACAUUAACUAUUUUUAUUAAGUAAUUAAACAAUAAUAAUUUUGUUAAUUACAGUAACAAUGAAUAAAGAACUCAUUUUUGUAUAUAAGCUAUUAAUAUAUUAUUGUAGAGAUUACAAUAUAUAAACUAUGAAUUAACUAAUAGUUUGCAAAUGAUUUGUAAGCUUUGUUACUGUAUAUUUAUAAAGUGUU